GCCUGAUCUGCGCUCCAGUCCAACUGUGGCUGGCAGGGAAGUGCAGGGCAGAGCUGGCACUCACCCUCACACUACUGCCAGACACAACAGCCCCUCCACAGCAUUUCCUUACACAUUCUGCCUAUUUUCAGGCCAUGUGAACGCUCCUUGAACGUUUUAGUCUAAAUUAAUGCCUCUUUUCCUUCUUGAGGGACUUAAAGCUAUAAAAGAAGGGGCUUACGGGAGGAUUGCCCCGCGAUGGAAUGUUGUAGAUUUGCGUCCAGGACUGUAGGAAGUUUUUCUUCCCUCUCUCGGGUCCGGAGUCCAGUGUCUGGAUCCGUGGACUGUGUUCUCUUCUCGGCAUUCCCUCCGAGGCUCGGAAUGUCAACCUGGGAAUACCGUGGCUCUGAUAGUGGUUUGAAUGAGGAGCGUCUACCUCUGGUCCUCUGAACAUAUUUACACACGCACACUGAUUUUUGCACCUACACGCACCAAGGCUGAGGAAUCCAGGAUGCGGCGCUUUGACAAGCUGAAAAAGUCAUUCCCCUUCCUGGCACAUUUUCACGUGUAUCGAAAACUGGGCAGCAGCAUGCAGUGUGAGGAAGGCACAGAAUGGCUGCUGGAGCUGCUGAUGGAGGUGCAGUUACAGCAGUACUUCCUGCGCAUUCGAGACGACCUCAACGUCACGCGGCUCUCGCACUUUGACUAUGUCAAGAAUGAGGACUUGGAGAAGAUCGGCAUGGGUCGACCUGGACAGAGACGAUUGUUGGAAGCUGUGAAGAGGAGGAAAGCCAUGUGCAAGCGCAAGUCCUGGAUGAGCAAGGUGUUCAGUGGUAAGCGCCCAGACGGCGGAGACUUCCCCCAGCAGGGCCAGCCUGCCUCCUCCUUCCGGAAGCUGUCCCCCACCCCUCCGCUGGGCCUGGGGGAGGGAGUCCUGCCCUCACAGCCCGGUGGCAGUGCUCCUCAGGACGGACAGCAGCAGGCGUUGACCUGCCUCAUCUCAGAGAAGGACCUGGCCCUGUUUGAGAAGCUGGGAGACGGCUCCUUUGGCGUGGUCAAAAGAGGAGAGUGGCUCACGCCUUCGGGGAAAGUGCUGAACGUAGCUGUAAAAUGUCUGAAGACUGAUGUACUCAGCCAGCCGGACGCUCUGGAUGACUUCAUCUGUGAAGUCAACGCCAUGCAUUCAUUGGACCACCAGAACCUCAUUCGCCUCUAUGGUGUGGUGCUCACACACCCCAUGAAGAUGGUAACGGAGCUGGCUCCUCUGGGCUCUCUGCUAGAACGUCUGCGAUGUGUUCGUCCUCAGGGCCCAGUGUUGAUCCAUACACUGUGUCAGUAUGCGGUGCAGGUGGCCUGUGGCAUGGCCUACCUGGAGCAGAGGAGGUUCAUUCACAGGGACCUGGCAGCCAGGAACAUCCUCCUGGCAUCAGCUCACAGAGUGAAGAUUGGAGACUUUGGCCUGAUGAGAGCUCUUCCUAACAACCACGAACACUAUGUGAUGCAGGAGCACCGCAAGGUCCCUUUCGCAUGGUGUGCCCCAGAGAGUCUGAAGACCAGAACCUUCUCCCAUGCGACAGACACGUGGAUGUUUGGAGUCACUCUGUGGGAGAUGUUCACGCACGGUCAAGAGCCUUGGUUGGGCCUCAAUGGGAGCCAGAUCCUGCACAAGAUUGACAAGGAAGGUGAACGUCUCCCAAAGCCGGAGGACUGUCCCCAGGACAUUUACAAUGUGAUGCUGCAGUGCUGGGCCCAGAAACCAGAUGACAGACCCACCUUUGUUGCCCUACGAGAGUUCCUGCUUGAGACCAUGCCUACUGACAUGUGUGCCCUCCAGGACUUUGAUGAGCCAGACAAACUUCUCAUCCAGAUCAAUGAUGUCAUCACCAUCAUUGAAGGGAGGGCAGAAAACUACUGGUGGCGUGGUCAGAACAAGCGGACCCUGAAGGUGGGCCAGUUCCCCAGAAAUGUGGUGACAUCAGUCGCAGGUCUGUCCGCCCAUGACAUCAGCCGGCCGCUAAAGAACAGCUUCAUCCACACAGGCCACGGUGACUCCGACCCUCAUCGCUGCUGGGGCUUCCCUGACAGGAUUGAUGAUUUGUACCUUGGCAAUCCAAUGGAUCCUCCUGAUGUUCUGGGUUUAGACAUCGGUGCUGCUCGACCCACCCAGUUACCAGGUCGAGCUAAAAAGGAGCCCCCUCCCCGCCCUCCUCAGCCAGCGGUUUUGGUCAAGAAACCUUGCUAUGAUCCUGUCACUGAGGAUGAAGAACUGACCUCGACAGGACUCAAGAGGUUAUCUCUACGGAAACCAGGUUCCGUCAAAGGCCUCAAACUCAAACCUGCUGCAUGGGUCUCCGCCUCCAAGCAGGGAAGUGGCCGGAUUUCAGCCCACAACCCCAACAGUGAAGUGUCACUCAUAGACUUUGGGGAAGAGUUCCCCCCGCCUACACCCUCCCCUUCCCCCGUAGUUGAAGUUCAGAUCCCCUCAUUGGCUAAACUGGCUUUAGAAGCGGAUAAUAUCCUGGACCGGACUCCACCUCAGAGUCCUUCUCGAUCAUUACCCCGCCCCCUCCACCCCACACCGGUAGUGGACUGGGAUGCCCGACCGCUACCCCCACCCCCAGCUUAUGACGAUGUGGCCCAAGACGAAGACGACAUGGAGGUGAGCUCCAUCAACAGCACAGAGCAGCAGCUAGAAGAGGAGCCAAGUGAAGUUUGCAACCAAAAUGAGGCUCUCCCCUUAGGACAGAAGUUGGACGGUGAGGUCAUUGUCUCCAGGGGUGCAGACAGACCUAGCCUGGAGGACAAUCUCUUCCUCCCCAACAAGCAUGGCCAGGGCCCUUCCACUUCUUUCUCCCAAUCAGCUGAGAUCUUCCAGGAGCUGCAGCAGGAGUGCAUGAGAAGGCUCAACGUCCCCACUGGAGGUGCGCCUCAGUCAACCUCACCGUCUCAGAGCUUAGCCUCAUCUCCCCAGAACCCCCUGACCCAGGAUGUGCACCGACAGAUUGUCCUUUCAUUUACAGAACACAAACCACAAAUCCCUCCUCGUGUCCCCAUUCCCCCUCGCCCUAUAAAACGGACCGACUACACACCUGUUCGCUGGUCAGGGGACCUUUCCCUGUCCCCAACACCAACUGGCACCACAGAGGACAUUUUGGGACCAGACCAGGACCGGCCACCUCAGAUCCCUCCAAGGGACCCUUUGUCCCAACCAGGAUCCAGGACACCCAGCCCGAUGGGCCUUGUGGUGGGCUCUCCCCAACAGAGAGCCUACUCUGUUAGCCCCAACGCCAUACCAGGCGCCCUCACCUCCUGCCAAUCUUCUGCACACACCUAUGGCUCCUACCUCUCCACCUCUCCGGGUAAACUUAUGCCAACAACACACAGCUUUGCCUCAGAUCCUAAAUAUGCUGCACCCAAAGUGAUCCAAGCUCAAGCACAGGGGAAGGACCCACCCAGCAAAGGCCCGUGCAUCCUCCCCAUCGUCCGUGAUGGGCGUAAAGUCAGUAACACCCACUAUUACCUCCUGCCUGAGAGGCCCCCGUACCUUGAUCGCUACGACCGCUUUUUCAAGGAAGCUGAGAGUCUUUCUGUUAGUGGCGGGGAGGAAAGACAAAUUCGACAAGCCAACACUGCUACUGUCAGACCCAUGGUAGUCAACAGCCAGACUCUUCAGGGACAUACCCAGGGACAGGGGCUUGUCCAGCCGGGUGACCUAAAGGCUAAUUUCUCCUCCAACAAUAACAGCAGUUUGGGCGGGGUGCGGUCAGGAAUGAAGACAUCAGUCAGUCUUCCUCGGGUCUGUUCAGAGGGGCUGACGGCAUCAGGGGUGCUAAGUCCCUGCACCAGGACGGAAGGAGGAGGGAGCACAACUGAGAGAGUCAAAAUGGUGCAGGAGGCAGUUCAUGGCGUAACGCUAGAGGAGUGCCAGACCGCCCUCCAGCACCACAACUGGAAUGUAGAGAAAGCCGUGCAUUACCUCAAAGUGGAGCAGUUGUUUUGUUUGGGUCUGAGGAGCAGGACGGAGUGUCUCAAGCUGCUGGAGAUGUGUGACUGGAACCUGGAGGUGGCCAGCACUCAGAUGCUGGAUAACUAUGGCUCCACAGCCAGGCAGAGACGGUGACAGGGACGUCUAGCUGCUGUGGUCUGAGCUGAACAUCGUCCUUGAAAAAAAUGUCAUAAGACAAGGCGGAAUCUGCUGGUAUUUUUUUUUUUUUUUUUUUUUUUUUUUGACUCUUCAGACACAUACCAAAAGAGAAGACUGUGAUUUGAAUGCAUCAGAAUCGAGCACAUUUUCUAAUGAACAGACACAAAGGAAUGAAUUGCAUCAUGGCUCAAUUCAUACUCGUCAUCGAGGAUAGAGGAAUUUAGCCUUGGAUGAAAAAGGACUUUGGAAUAAUCCGAUUCAAUUUGAUGCUUGUGUGGAAGUAAUGAGCUAGUUGCACUUAUUAAGAAAUUGUAGAAGAUGCGCACUUCACCUGUUGCGAGGCAAAACACACCACACUUCAAUGUUCAGGGACAUUUGGUCAGCCAGUUCCUACCGGUUUCCUCUCUCGUUCUUAUUGCUUCACUGCAACAUGACACCCCAACAGACCCCUACAGGGUCACAGAUUCUGGGUGCUACAAUGCUCCAUCUGUCAGAUUCACUUAACUGGCAUUGUCACUGCCACAAUUACACUGUCGACCAACUGUAUGGGGAUACUUCUCCUUUUUCUCUUGUUAAUGACGUUGAAGAGUCAAAUGGGAAGUGAGCCCCGAGAAGUGAGAAGCUGAACCCCACGUUGAGCUGCAUAGCACAAAUUAAUAGCACUUUUGUUCAAAGGUCCACUCUUUGCCAAGUGGUCACAGUAUGAUUCAGUGCACUGCUUCCAACAAGUGUCAGGAUGUGCCAAGUGCUUGUGUAGUGUGACUGAGGAGUGAUAUUUCACCUUAGCUGAAGAGUUUCAUAAUUUAAUCUUAACACUGUAUCUCUAUAGUUCGACCUCCAAUACUGGGGGCUGUAGGGAUGUUGUACCACGGCUUGACAACAAUUGAUUUGAAAACCUUGUCUACAAAUUUCACUUGUACCACACACACACAACAAAAUACACAACUAAUUCUGCGUCGAGGGCCAUGUGGCACGAGAAGUAAUUUUGACUGUUGACAGUUUGUGAUAUCAAGGGCUGGGGAUAUAAUAUUGGAGAUUGACUGCUGCUGAAAGCCUAUGGAGGAAUAUGAAAAUGCUGCGCUAAAGUAACAAUAUUG